AAACAUGCGUUUGAAUUCCUUGCUCAGUGCCAUUCUAAACAAUGACUUGUGAUAUAUACAGUAUCUAGUAACAAAUGUAAAACUGGCCUACUGUGCAUUUUGGACUUCUUAUGUCUCUUAUUCGAGUCAGUUUGGUUGAAUAUAUGAUGCAUCCGUGACGGGAAUUAGGAGAGAUCAGAGCAUAUCAGAACCUCCGUUUUAAACCCCGUAGUUUCUUAGAAACGCUUCCAACGCUUCCUACCCCCUUCAAUGUUCAAUCUAAGCCUAAUGCUUCAUACCAAUUAAAUUAUAGCUAGUAGAACUGGCGAGUAAUGUGAACUAACUUGGAAUGUUCUCGUCCCUUUUCAUGCUGACGGGUACAAUAUGGCUUCUCUGGGGAGAUUUAUCUUCUCGUCAACGUCGCCAUUUAUUUUAUGAAACAAAAUAGACAUUAUCAUGUCAGUACCAUCGUGACUAUCAUAUUGGAUGUCCGAUAGCACCCGUUGUCCAUUCGGCUAAAUGCCCAUUUGGCUUCGUAGCCACGACCCAAGCUACAACACCCAGCGGUGUCGUGAUGGCUCCGAACCGUAAGAACCCAGGCUCUCCUGUAGAAGAGCGUGUAUCCCAGAAACAAGAUGACCGUGAAAAGGUGCCAACAGUGGCAAGUGGAACCCCAGAUCAAGACCGGGAACCCUCUAAUAUCUCACUCUGGGCUCUGGAAAAGUUCGCUCCCAAUGUCGAUUGGAGUAAAACUGCUUUUGGGGCAAGGAAAGAAUGGUGCUCAGAACUUCGACAUAUUUCUCGCUUCCUUUUAGUUGACACAAGCCCAGGAAUUUUGUUUUGGGGGGAGUCCUCCUGCGUUAUUUACAAUCAAGCGUUUCUACCACUAUUAAGGACUAAGCAUCCUGAGUCAAUGGGAAUGAACGCUUCUGAUAUAUUACCUGGAAUCUGGGAUCAACUCUCAGGAAAAAUCGCCCAGCAACGCCAAACUCGCCAAACCGAAACCUGCGAUGGCACUACACUGCUUAUUAAAAGAAAUGGCCACCAUGAGGAGACCUACUUCGACUGGAAACUCAUUCCAGUAACCGGUGAUGAUGGAGAGGUCGUAGCUUCAUACGGCAUACCCUUGAACAGGACCGAAGAAGUUAUUUUCGAAAGGCAGAACAAAUGUAUUCAACAAUUGUCUCGCGAUACGGUAACAGCAAAUAAUAUGAAAGAACUUUGGCAUACGCUACUAACUGGGCUCGGAUUUAACAGCAAGGACAUCCCUUUUGUGAUAUUGUACUCACUGGAUGAGGAAUUGGGCAUCGAUUCUGCCACUAGUCCGCCUAACUACCCAUGCCACUUAGAAGGCACCGUUGGAAUCGACCCAGAGCGAAUCAUGGGGCAGGAACGCAUUGACCUUUCCUACGAUAUCGACGGGUUCGGACCGACCAUGCUUAAGGCACUUAAGUGCGACUCAGUACUGAUAUUAGAAGCCAACGACCCGUCACUGGAUAAACUGCUAAAUGGAAUCGGCUGGAGAGGAGAGAAGUUAGCUGAUCAAUUCGCCGUCGUAUCGAUUAAAGACAACUCGAGAAUAGCGGCGUUCAUGGUAAUGGGCCUAAAUCCGCACCGAAGAUACAGCAAACAGUUUUCCGAAUUCUUAAACCUGGUAGCGGACGUCGUGGCGCCCCAGGUAUCACGAGCGAGGCUAUCGGAAGAAGUCGCACGUCAUAACGACUUGGCCAAGAGAGCCCAACUAGAUCGUAAAAGAAGCGACAUGAGGUUCUUUCGGUUCGCGGAGCGGUCUGUCGUGGGUCUUGCGGUAACUGAUGCGAAAGGCAAUAUUCUAUACGCGAACGACGCGUGGUACAAGUUUGCCGGUCUAAACCCUGCCGACCAACAAAAUCUGAGUUGGUUGGAUAGUGUGGUUCCUGAAGACGCCGACAUGCUUCGGGAAUGGCAAAAUAAAGUUCUGACUGAAAAGACUGGGGGGACUUUCCAAAUUCGUUCUAGGGAGCCAUUUCGGAGAGGCCACAUGUAUUCAGACCAUCGGACUGGGAUCUGCGCCUGUUAUUCGGACUUGGAUGAGGAUAACAAGGUGGAAAGCAUCAUGAUCUUCACGAUGGAUAUAAGCGAGCUUAAGUGGACAGAACAACAACUUAUCUCCCGCUCAAAAGCGCUCGAAGAAUCAGAGAUUAAGUGGCGAAACUAUGCAGAGCACUGCCCUCUCGGAAUAUGUCGUACAGAUGGAGAUGGCUACGUUCAAUAUGGUAACCACGCCUGGCAUUCGUUCUACGGCUUCGGACCCGAGAACCCCCCUCCGAAUAUUCCACAGCCAUGGAUGCCAUGGGUUCGCGAAGAUUACUUACAGCCCUGCAAAGAAUUCUUUGAUCGGCUCCACCAGCACCCCGGGCCCGAAUCUGUCGAGUUUCAACUAAUCAAUAAAACUUAUACCAUUUCAGGGGGUGACAACACCGUUACCAAUGGCGCGUACGUUCUCUCUACAGGAUUCUCCCAGUUUAGGGAGGAUGGAACAGUUGACCACAUAGAUUUCUGGGUCACGGACAUCAGCGGUCAGAAGAUGGCUGUGAAGGUUUUGACGGACAAGAUGGAAGAAGCUAUUCGUUCGAGAACCCAACAGGAGCGGUUCAUGGACAUGAUCAGCCACGAGAUUCGGAAUCCUUUAUCGGCAGUUCUGCACUGCAGCGAGGAAAUCAUCGAAUCAGCCAAGAGAAGUUCCGCUACGCUCGAUGUACUCUUUAGCAGCAAGCUGGCUGCUAGUUCACACAGUUCCGCGAAGGACGUCUUGCAGAAUGAAGUUACUAGUGCGCUGGACGCUGCCAACACGAUUGUGUACUGCGUACAGCACCAGAAACAAAUCGUCGACGACGUAUUAACGGUUUCGAAGCUCGAUUCUGACUUGUUAGUGGUAUCACCUAUUCUCGUACAGCCGAUUGCCUUGGUGCGCUCGUCAUUAAAGAUCUUCGAUGCGGAGCUGAAGAUGACAGGUAUCGACUUGAAGGUUGUCGAGCACAGCUCGUUGUCUCAGCUUGGCCUCGAGUAUGUGUUUCUCGAUCCCAACAGGUUUCUCCAAAUCGUAAUCAAUCUCGUUACAAAUGCUAUCAAAUUCACCAAGACGUCAAAAAUAAAAGAAAUUACUAUAACGGUGGCCGCCACGACGCAUCGCCCUUCAGAACGCGAACUGGGAGUGGAGUAUGUGCCGCUGAGAUAUUCAGCUGUAACCCCCGUAUUUGAUGCUAGCUCCCCCGAUAACCCUCAAGAACCUCAGCCAGACGUAUUCCUGUCUCUCUCCGUCAAAGACACGGGGAAAGGCCUUACUGAGGGUGAGAAAGCGCAAGUUUUCAACCGUUUCGCUCAGGCGUCUCCCAAGACGCACAUCGAAUACGGAGGAUCAGGCCUCGGCUUAUUCAUUUCUCGCCAAAUCACCGAAAUGCUUGGAGGUCAGAUAGGUCUUACUAGUAAACCCGGGUCGGGCUGCAAAUUCGCAUUUUACGUGAAGACGCAGAGGCGCGAACGUCCUCGUCAACCCUCUCAUCCCCCAAAGCCUGUUGUUAGACUAAGCCGGUCGCUUAGUAUAACAGCAGAUGGGAUCCCCGUGUCAUCGGAAGACGGAGGGAGCAGUGUUCCUGAAACACCGCAAGACUCUAGUCCUUCGCCACGAGGCGAUACUCCACUUAAGGUACUGGUUGUUGAGGAUAACCUGGUCAACCAGAAGGUCUUGUGCAAACAACUGCGCAACCGCAACUUUGUUGUGAAAGCCGCCAACCAUGGAAAGGACGCGCUGGACGCCGUCCAGAAUAACAAGCCCGGGGUAUCGCACGUGGAGAAACCGUUUGAUGUUAUCCUAUGCGACAUAGAAAUGCCGGUCAUGAAUGGCAUAGAGUUUACGAAAGAGAUUCGGAGGUUGGAGGCCAAUGGGGAACUUGCAGGACAUAUACCAAUUCUAGGAGUGACAGCCAACGUGCGCAGUAAACAGGUCAGUGGGGCUAUGGAAGUGGGCAUGGACGGCGUAACGACGAAGCCGUAUCGUAUUGAGGAGCUUAUUACACAUAUCGGAGGUGUGUGCGCUAGGCGUUAAGUUCACUAAC